ACGGGAGCCAAUAAAUCUGGUGGUGAAGAAGAAACCAGUUCUUCCUUAACGUCGCCAGGAGGGAGGGAGGGAGAGAGAGAGAGAGAGAGAGAGAGGUUUCUUUCAUGUUCCCACUCAAUUUUUGGCAAAUUUUCAUCUCAGGAGGGUUGAUUUGUGCUGGCGAAGAAGAAGAAGAAGAAGGGCAGGAAUGGCCAUGGCGUCCUCUCAGCUCCUCAUUCACAAUUUCUUAAUCACCAUCGCAUUUGGCAUUCUCCUAUUAUUUCCUAUAUCAAUUGUGUCUGCCGAUGACCCUAAAUCUCCUGCCUGCAACAAGUUACAGCGAUUGGUCAAGAUUAAAAUGUGGGUUAAUGGUGCUGAAGGUGAAGAGUUAGGUGGAUCAACUGCAAAAUUUGGUGCUGAUUUGCCCACUGAUGCUAAAGACGGCCUAAGGUUGCCUGCUGUUUUUGCAAACCCCUUAAACUGCUGUUCCAGUUAUUCUUCAAAGUUAUCUGGUUCUAUUGCUUUGUCCCCACGUGGUGAUUGUGAUUUCAUGACCAAGGCUGAAGUUGCGCAAUCAGGAGGUGCAGCAGAGUUGUUGGUCAUACAUGAUAAAGAAGAUCUUUUGGAGAUGAGUUGUCGUGAGAAAAACAUUGUAAACAUCAAAAUUCCUGUUGUGAUGAUAGCGAAGUCAGGAGGAGAGGCUAUAAACAAAUCCAUGACAGGUGGAAGGAAAGUGGAAAUUAUGUUAUAUUCGCCAAAUCGUCCAAUUGUGGACUUCUCAGUGGUAUUCUUAUGGUUGAUGGCUGUGGGGACGGUUAUUUCCGCUUCGCUUUGGUCAGAGUUUACUUCAACUGAGCAGAAUGAUGACCGCUAUGAACUGUCGCCAAAGGAAUCUGCUAGUGCCGAUGCUGAGGAGGAAGUCCUUGAUAUUAGUGCUAAGAGUGCUGUAGUUUUCGUCAUAUCAGCAUCCACAUUUCUGGUGCUACUUUAUCUGUUUAUGUCAUCUUGGUUUGUCUGGCUGCUGGUUGCAGUUUUCUGUCUUGGUGGUAUCGAGGGAAUGCAUGCUUGCAUAUUAUCUCUGGUUUUAAGGAAAGGGAGAAACUGUGGGCAGAAGAAAGUGAAAUUGCCUCUUCUGGGGGAGAUGUCAGUUCUUUCUCUUGCAGUCGUAGUUUUUUGCUUCGUAUUUGCUUUUCUUUGGGCUAUAAACAGGAAGGCUUCAUAUUCAUGGGUUGGUCAAGACAUUCUUGGUAUCUGCUUGAUGAUAAGGGUCUUGCAGAUUGCUCGACUACCUAAUAUAAAGGUUGCGACGGUACUUCUUUGUUGUGCAUUUCUUUAUGACAUCUUUUGGGUCUUCCUGUCGCCAUAUAUAUUCCACGACAGUGUUAUGAUUGCGGUUGCUCGGGGUGACAACAGUGGCGGAGAAUCCAUUCCAAUGCUUUUGAGAAUUCCAAAACUUUUUGAUCCUUGGGGUGGUUACAAUAUGAUUGGCUUUGGAGACAUUCUCUUUCCUGGUCUCCUUGUUUCAUUUGCUCUAAGGUAUGACAAAGCCAAUAAGAAGGGUGUACUAAAUGGAUACUUCCUUUGGUUGACAAUUGGCUAUGGAUCAGGCCUCUUUUUCACUUACCUAGGCUUGUAUCUAAUGCAUGGACAUGGUCAACCUGCUCUCCUAUACCUUGUUCCAUGUACAUUAGGGGUUUCUGUCAUCUUGGGUCUGGUUAGAGGUGAGCUGAAAGAUCUCUGGAACUAUGGCACAGAUGAUUAACCUUGUAUGGAAGCUUGAUGAAUCAGAUUGGUUGCAUCUUUCAAACCUGGAGGUUAAACGACGCUGAUUUACAGCAAAUACCAUCCAUGAGGAAAACAAAAAGGUUUGGCUUCUUCAUAUAUAACGGUAUUAUGAUCAGUUCAAGUGGUACAUAAGGUACAAGGCCCUUCAAGUCCUUUUGCGGCUGUUCAUCCUUGUAAUUAAUUCUCAUAUAUGUAUUGCCUUUGCAUUUAAAUAUAUUGAAUUAUUCUUUAAAUAUAUUGAAGAAUUAUUCUUUCAUGUAUUUAAAUAUAUUUUUCUUCCUCUCUCUGGCUGAGGUGUAUGUGAGAUGAGCUCAGUCCAGAGCAGUUGGACAUUUGUACGAUUCUUAUAAUUGAAUGCUUUAAAUGUAAAGUUCAUAGAUGACAUGAUAAUAUGAUAUUUGUUAAA